AUGGGGGCCGCAUCUCAAAAGAUCGCCUGGCCCAAUUGCCAUGUCAUUCCGGGCAGUCGCCAACUGAACAACGGAGAGGAAGCCGUGAAGAAGCUACAAGCCGACACAGAUGUCAAAAGAACCGUGUCAGGCAUUGAACUCGAUGUGACUGAGGACAAGUCUGUAGACGCCGCCGCAGAGAAGGUGGCUGUAGACUACGGCUGUCUAGACAUCCUGGUCAACAAUACCGGCAUCGUUUCGCUGGCAAACCCCCCUUCCCAGAAGAAAUACCGCAACGUGCUGAAUACCAACGUUGUGGGUUCUCUCACUGCGCGCCCACUGAGGGGCGUGAUUGGCUGCUCAAACGAAGAUGAAGCUAAAGUGUAUAUAGUAAACAUUUAA